AGAGUCAGCCCACAAACAAACCGAAAGGCACACAGCAAGCUGCACAAAUCGUCCCCUUUCUAUGGAUCUCACCGGCGGCGAGGUCCCCGCCAAGCCCUCCGCCGCCGCCGGCGAGGACCGCCUCAGCGCACUCCCCAACGACAUUCUGGUACUUAUCCUGAUCCGCCUCGGCACCGUCGCCGCCGCCGCCGGCGGCCGGACCAGCGUCCUCUCCCACCGCUGGCGCCGCCUCUGGGCGCUCCUCCGCUUCCCCGUCGCCUCGCUGCCCCGCCUCAUCGCCUCCGCGCUCGCCGCUCGUGGAGACGGUGGGCGCCACCGCCCCUCCACCCCCCGCCCCCCCCCCCCCCCCCCCCCGGAGUCCGCGGCGGCGUGGCUCCCCGUCGCCGCGCGCUGCCUCUCCGGCGAUCUUCUCUACCGCAACGUGGCUUUGCUGCCUGGAGGCGGGGAGGAGGAUGGUGCCGGGGAAAGGGACGCCUUUGAGCUGCCCUGCUACGAGAAUGCCACCCUCAUCUCCUACCUGGGGUUUCUCGGCCUCGCCGUGCCGCCCGCCGGCGUCUUCGCGCGGCUCACCGAGCACACUGCCUAUAUGUGGAUGUCAGAGUUUACAUGGCACAUCAGACAUCAGGAGUGGGUUGUUAUCUUAUACAAGGCCAUCUUAUAUCUUUAAUUUCCUGCAAGUUAAAGUUAACAACACUGGCCAGCUUGUAAAGAAUACUUCAAAAUGAGAUGAUGUUUCAUCUCUUUCUAGAUGAUUCCUUUUAUAUGUGGCUUCCUAUGGAAACACAGAACAUAGGUAACUAUCAAUACUUGAUGCAUGGCAGGACAGCGCUACCAGACAUUCAUUUCUUGCACUUGAUGGUAAUUGCAAACGGACAUUCCUUCAGUUCUUGCGUUGCCAUAAUUGCCGUGCCACAGAUUGCAGCAGCAGCAGCCGCCACCACCGCCUUGGCGCUUUGCAAACCCCCUUCCAAUAAACAACAGCAAGCUUUAGCUAUUUGCGCCUCCCCGCCCCAGAAAUCCCGCAGGAAACUCUCCACCACCCAAGAAAAAGCAGCGCCUUUUUGGCCGGUUGGCUGCCAUCUUCUCACGAGUUUGGUGAGGUUUUGGAGCAAGCGCAGGCCUUUCUGCUGAAUAUCCCAAAGGCCUUCUUGGUCCUUGGUUGGAAUUGCGGAGCUCUGUGCUGAGGCUGGGGUUGGUGUUUUCUCGUCGGAGAUGGAGGGGAAUCUGUCACCGCAAGCACUGAUCCCGAGCGGAGCCCCCUUCGAUCUUGGACAGCCGCUCCACUUUGCUGCCCAACCCCAGGCAGUUCAGGUUCACCAGGGUGUGAUCGCUGCCACCGCCAUGAACAAGAUGCAGGAGUUCGAGAAUGUGGUGGAGGCCUCACUGAGAGAAGAGGAGGGUGCUGAUGAUGGCAAGGCGGCUGUCUCGGCCUCCCAGUGGCCCCGGGUCAGGUGGACCAGCGACAUGGUCAAGCUGCUCGUGUCGGCUGUGUCCUACAUCGAUCCAGACCACAGCACCAGCAGUGGGAGGAGGAAGCACACCAUGCUCAAGAUGAAGGGCAAGUGGAGGCUGGUCUCUUUAGCCAUGACCGAGAGGAAGUUCACCGUGUCGCCGCAGCAGUGCGAGGAUAAGUUCAAUGACCUCAACAAGAGGUACAGAAGGCUCACUGAGAUCCUUGGCCAGGGUAUGGCUUCUGAGAUCAUCAAGAAACCAGUGCUCCUUGAACAGGUGAGCCUAUCUGGGAAGCUCAGGGAGGAGGCUAAGAAGCACCUGAGGUCGAAGCACCUUCACUAUGAAGAGAUGUGCUCCUACCACAACCAUAACCGGUCAUGCCUGCCUGAUGAUCCGGCCCUUCAGAGGUCGCUGCAUAUGGCACUUAGGAGUCUGGAUGAACAGGGAAAGAAGUGCUCGUUUGGAUAUGGUGAUGAGGAUGAUCCGAUGUUGGUUUCUGAUGGUGAUGAUGAGGAUGAUGGUUUUAAUGUUGAUCAUCGUCACUCCGGAGUUCAUGGCACCAAGAAGCAGAAGCAUGAUCAUGAGGGGGGACAUUGUGGGUCUGAUCUGUCAAAAGCUGUUGCUGUUGGUGCAAAUAGAAUGUUUCCUAAGAGAAUUGGUGGUUCGGCUGCUGAGAAGAAUCCAAGUGGCAUGAAUGCAAUUCAAGUCGAGAGAGAACGUCUGAAGAUAAAAGGAGAAAUGCUGAAACUCGAGCAGAGCCAUUUGAAGUGGCUGAAGUCCAGCGAGGAGGAGGACAGGGAACUGCAGAAGAUGAAGCUGGAGAAUGAAAGGAUGCAGCUGGAGAAUGAGCAGCUGGAGCAGGAGCUGAAGCUUAAGGAAAUUGAGAUGGGCAUCAAACCAAAGAGGAUUUAGUGAUUACAGGAAGGAAAUGUCAGAACUAGAGUUGCUGGAACAAUCUGCAUGCCCAUCAGGUUGUGGUUGUGAAUUGAGAGGAUCCGAACAUCUGAUGGUAUCAUCACCAGAAGCAUGUCCAAGGAGUCGCACCAGAUGCUACAGAGCUUCUCUCAGCCAGAAAUAUGUGUGGAAUUUUACAUGUAUCAGGAUAAGAAUAAGACUAAGGUGUUCUAUGCACCUGAAGACCAAAGUUGUGGUUUAAGUGCUGUACUUUCUUUUUCAGUUUUCUUCUUUAUGGUAAAGACUGCAGUGCUUGAGAGCAUUCGGUCUGAUGCUAGCGGAUCCUUAAAAAAAUGUUAAGAUCCUUCGUACUAUGGUUUAUGUUGUUUUAUCAUGUUUUGUGUUUUGGAUAUGGUAUA